AUGGGUCGCAAGCCAAACCCUCUGAUUCUGGAGUACUUCGUGCGCGGGCCGAAGCUCAACGACAACAGCAACCGCUAUCCUCACACCUGCAAACAAUGCGGCGAGAACUUCCCAAAGGGUCGCAUUGACAGUCUGACAACGCAUAUCACCAAAAAAUGCCCGGCCAUAUCCGAACCCGACCGCAUGCGAGCUUGCCUAGAGCUCCAUGGCAUUACGAAUGCCAGGACCUUGCCCGAUCGAAACCUUCUGCAGGCAAACGGCCACCAAGAGAACGGACAGUCUGCCCAUCUCCCAGAAUUACCGCAGGGAUGGAGCGCAUUGGAGACUCUUGCCGAGGCGUCGCGCCAGGUCGAUCUGAACGAGAACAAUCGUGGGCAAAAAAGCCCAGACGCAACCUCCGCCGCCAAUCCCCCCGCCGUCGCCAGCACCACAACCAUGAACAACGAAUUUUGCACCGAGCGCUUCGAAGUCCAAGAGCAAUUCACCCUUGACAACCCCCCAGUGAGCUAUGAUGCUAGAGCUCAGAGCAUUAAGAGAACUGAUCUAGCUACCCCACCACCGACCGAGUUAUCACCAGAAGAGCGGCUGCAAGCAUUAUUGCCAGGUGGUUCCAUUUCACCGGACGCUGCAAAUAUCUCCGUCGCUGUUGCAGCCACUGCCCGGCUCAACCCAUCGUUCUUAGACCCUCAACUUGUCAACGGAGAUCCUGUUCCUGUAGCCUCACCCCCGGUCACCGAAGAUAUCCAACCUCAAGAGGUGCUGCCUCUAGCAACCCCCGAACCGAAUGCAGCACAGCCUUGGGGCGAGAUGACAUAUCUUGCAAGCACACCUACUGCCCCGAUAAUGAACGAGAUUCCCAUAGCACCACAUCCUCUUAACCGGGGUGGUGUUCGCAUGGAUACGAGCGAUGGGUCUUUGAAUGGCAAGCCCCGCCAUGCUCGCGCAAGAUUUACACCUGCUAGACGGAAGGAGGUUCAAGAAGUUCGAAAGAUCGGUGCUUGUAUUCGUUGUCGGAUUUUGCGCAAGAACUGUGGCAGAGGUACCCCUUGUGAUACCUGCCGCAAGGUGCUGGCUCCACGCGUAUGGAGGACCGGGUGUGUUCGCACACGCCUCCAUGAACAACUGGACUUAUAUUCUGCAGGCGUACAAGUCGUUCUUUCUCAGAAUAGGAUCAAUCUUCUUAAGGAACAGCUCCAUCCAAUCAACAAUGGAACGGUCAUCGACAUGUCGCAUUAUCCCGAAACAGAAAUACACAUCAGUGCGCCAACUUUAGUAGCCUUGCUUGAACCGAGCGAGAGCCAAGCCGAGAUCAGGGGAAACAAGGAUGCUUAUCACCAGGUCAUUAUGAUCGAUCAAGAUGCCGAGGAUCUGCCUGACAAGGUGGAACGAUACAUGCGCGCUGUGCUUAAUAUUUUUAUUGAGCGGGAACCAUCCAAGUUCAUGCGUGUCACUCUGGAAACUGCCCAGCAGCUUCUGUCGGACGAGAAUGACGAUCUCCUCAAAAAGGCCCUGGAGCUUUGGGGCCUCGUAGAGACCAUUGAUCGAGAGAGGCAGUGGACGAUUUUGGAGAAACCUGGUGCGGAGGGCGAACAGCCGCGAUGGAUUAAGGAGUCCCAGAGCGGCAAUGAUGCUGACAUUUAUACUAUGAUAUGCAUGCAGCUGAACGCGGCAGCCGAGCGAAGAGCUAACAACACCUCAAAGAGUCUGCUCAGCCUCAUGCACCGGCUUCUUCAAGAUAGUAAGAUCAAGAUUGGGUUCAAGAUGUUUCUGACAGCUCUGAUUUUCCUCAAUUGUGUUGAAAAGUCAACAUGGGCCUUCAAAGCAUGGGAGCAAGAUCAUUUACGACCUGGAUGGCCCCUUGAGCGCGAUCCAAGUGCAUUCACUCAACAGGGUGGCAAUUUAGCAGGACUUCUGAAGAUGCUGUUGGCCAUCCGCAAAGCUUUGCCUCAGACGAUCCGCAACGAGGAGGGCAAGUUGGCAACAAAAGAUCAAGACCCUGUCGUGUCAGCCUACUUUGAAAAGCUUGAUCUAGAUUAUGAUACCAUUGCGGCCAGGCAGAAAGACUCGCAAUUUUCGCCUGCUGAUUCCCGUUCCUUGGAAUUGACAUUCUGCUCACACCUCCUUCUACCAAAUGUCCCAGUCUGA